AUGGCGGAAGUUGGUGACGAGGUAGAUAGGUUGAAACAAGAGUUAGAAAAGGCGAGAGAGGAAGUAUGCAAGUUACAAGAUGAGAGACAGAGGGUCGCACAAAACGAACUGAACUAUUUGAGGAAGGAAAUGGAAGAACUGAGAAUGGCCGGAAAUAGGAGGGUGGAAAUGAUAGGUGCCAGAGAGGUGAAAGAAUGGUGUGGUAGCGAAGGAGAGAUGAGUGUAGAGGAGUUUGUUGAGAGAGUAGAGAUGUUGCAGCAAAUUAAUGGGUGGACUGAGCAGAACACAGCUGAUUUGGUGAGACGAAGAAUGAUUGGCGGGUCGGCAGAAUUUUUGCGAAAUGCGACGAGUCAGAAGCAAGAGGGAUGGACAUGGAAGGAGAUAAAAGGGUUGCUAUUGCAGCGGUUUGGGGUGAAAAAAGACAGAGUGGAGGAAAUGGCGAAACUAAUGAACAUCCGACGGAAGGAGGGGGAAAAUUAUCGGAGAUUCGCUGAUAGGUGUAGAACAGCGGCGCGCUAUGUUGUGAAAGAAUAUGAGAAAGAAGAGGAAAAGCAAGUAGCGAAUGAGAUUCGAGAGGAGAUGAUCUUGGGAGUAUUCAUGGAGGGUUUAAAUAGCGAGGUACGACGUGUGGUGAAGGCUAGGAAGGGAGUAAAUACCCUGACGGUGGUAUUGGAUAUGUUGAAGGACAUAGGAGAGGAAGGUGACCGGAAAAGAGUAAGGAAGGUGAGGAAGGAACUAGAGGAAGAAGAAGCAAACAGCAGCGGUUCUGAGGAGAGCUUUGCGACGGUAGUAAGCAAUAGCAGCGAGCGAAGAGGAAUUCGGCGGAUCGAAGGUGAGAAGAAGGAAGGAUUUGUAAAGAUGAACCGCGCAGAUGGUAUAGUAGCGGGCGGGAGUAAAUGGCAUGAUAGGGCGAAUCCGGCUGGAGAAGUGCAAGGAGAGCGGCAGAGAUCACUGCGCAGAGUACCGUACACCCCAUGUAGGAGGUGUGGACAGGUUGGUCACUGGACACGGGAGUGCACGAUACAUCUGGGCAACCAGAAGAGUGGAGAGUCACGUUGUAAACCGGAAGAAGGAACACGGGUGGGGAAAAGGGCGAGCAACGAAGAAUGCUUUCAGUGUGGGCGACCGGGGCACUUUAUAAACACAUGUCCACAGACCAUAUGCGAUAAUUGUGGAUAUGGCGGUCACGUGUGGAGACAGUGCCAAAAUACUGGAACAUCCGCGAGGAGGGGCUCAUUUUCGCGGCGACAACGGCCAUGGGAAUCAGAUAAGUCAGACAGGGGGGUGGAAGAUUAUGCGAGCCUAGACGGAAGACGGGCUGAAAGCCGUAGCGUUUCCCCAAACUAG